CGGACUCGUCGUCGUCGUCGUCGACGCAGGUGUUUCUCAUCGACCGCGUCCGGUUUUGCACGCGCAGCGAUCGGACUAGAAGCUCCGUAGUACGCGGUACGUGUUCUACGAAUCGGACGCGAAAAAACAAUCGAUCGUUCGUUACCGGUUUGGCAGUAAAACGAUAAAUAUCGCGCGACUUUUAUCUUGCGUUGUCUCAGAUCGAGAAAAAUAUAUUUUAUUAUAAUAUUAUGUCAGUGAUUGACGGCGGCGGUUACGCGAACGACCAACACCAACACCUGCAGCAGGGACGACAACAACUUCGACUGGAAGCGGCGACGGUGAACGAACGUGGCGGUGGUGGUGGCCGGCAGCCGGAAAAGGUCGCCGAACAGACGGACAUGGCCGAGAUCUAUACGAGGGCCACCGAAGUCGUAGUCGUCACCGCCGCCGACGCGUUUAAAGAAAAUCGCUGCGGACCCCCGCCGUCGGCCGCCACGUACGCCACGGCUGCAGCCGAACACGUCGCGUCGUCUCAAGUACAGGUGUCUUCCACACCCGUCAGGCAGUUCAUUAACGCGUCGGGCGCUGGCGCGUUAAACGUUAUUUCGGCCGACUCGUUGCAGCUUUCGGAAUCAAAAGAUUUCAAACAUCUCUUGUGCAAGGAUAACAGUUGUUUAAAUUAUGAUACACGCACUCAAGUUGAUGGUGAUACCUGGCAAACUGUAGUUCGAGCUGAAGAUGUCACUUUCAAAACUGCCCAUAUUGUUCUUGGACCAGAUAACUUGACGACUAAUAAUGUUCACAAAGAAGAGAUUGACCAAAAUGUAUCAUCCCCAAAUUCAGCACCUUGUUAUUCAUAUACCGAAGCUGCCAAGUUGCCAGUAUUACCAGUACGAUGCAAAACCACCAACGGAGAGCUGCAUAAAAAAAAAUUUGGUUCUGGCUGUCGAGGCAAGAGUAUUAAGUUUAGAGACCAAUGGUACACACCUAGUGAAUUUGAAGCCCUUUGUGGGAGGGCUUCUAGUAAGGACUGGAAAAGAAGUAUACGAUUUGGUGGCCGUAGCUUGCAAACAUUAAUAUACGAUGGAGUUUUAUUACCACAUGCUAUGAGUUGUACAUGUGCAGCCUGUUGUGAUGACGAAUCUGCUACUGGCCCCGUGUUACUGUUUACUCCAUACAAACGAAUACGUACCAAAAAACAUUCGUCUAGUCAUUCAAAAAAGAAAAAAAUUGAUGAUGGAAUAACUGAUGAAGAUAGUCGUUAUAGCAGUAUAGGUAUAUCAUUAGACAAUGUUGAUAUCGACAUAAAAAAUGAAGAAUCCAUACUAGAGACGAGUGAUAUUUCUCAAGCAGAAAUUGUUCAGUCAAAUGAUUCAAUAGAAAAUAUGUUUAAAAAGUUAGAAAAUAUGUCAUCGAGAAUGAUUAAAAUGGUUCACCAUUUUCGUAACUCUAUGCGUGUUGCUAAGUACGAAUGGAGUACGGAAAAACAGGAGUUGUUAGCAGAACUUAGGAGGGCCAAUGAGAAUUCUAUAGAAAAUAGGAAUAAUUUUGACGUGGAGACAAUUUCAAGUGUGGCGGCUGGAUUACAGCCAAGGAAUGAUGUUAUACCAGAUGUUAAAAAGUGCGCCAAUUGCAAUAGAGAUGCAAUUGUAGAAUGUUCAUUGUGUCAACGUACACCAUAUUGCUCUACGUUUUGUCAAAGUAAAGACUGGAUCAAUCAUCAAGUGGUAUGUGACAACUCGCAGGGGGGCAUUAUGGUCAUUGUUCAAACUCAAGAAUGAAUCAUAUUUUAGAUUCUUCAAGUUAUUUCUAAUCAGUUUUCCAAUUUCUUAUAUUUUUUUUUUUUUACAAGUUACAUAGUUUAGACUAGUAAUUUUAACCUUCAUAGAGUGGAAUGUAUAUUAAAGAUAAGUGAAUGUUAUCGUUUCUCAACAAAAAAUAGUUUAAAGUUACAAAUGUAUUCAUAUUUUUUAUUUUAAAACUGUUGUAAACACAAUAUCAAGUGGAAUGAUUAUUACAUAAACAUUAUUUUAUAAUCAA